GGGGCCUGGUGCCGGUGCGGCGGUUGCGGCAGCCGCAGGAGCGCGCGGCGGCGGCGCCCCCUCCUCCCGCCCUCUCCCCUCAUAACGGCCGUUCGCCUCCCGCGCGGCGGCCGCUCCCCGCCGCUCCCCUCCGCCAUGAACUCGCUGCUGUUCGGCGAGAUGGCCCGCGCCUUCUCCCCCGGCGUCGCGGCGGCUGGGAGCGGUUCGCCGGGAGCGGCGGGCGGAGCGGCGGGCGGCCCACCGGUGACGGCGGCUCUGCGGAACGACCUGGGCUCCAACAUCCACCUGCUGAAAGGCCUCAACGUCCGAUUCCGCUGCUUCCUGGCUAAAGUGCACGAGCUGGAGCGGAGGAACCGGCUGCUGGAGAAGCAGCUGGCGGCCCAGCAGUGCGAACGCGACCGCCGCCUCCGCUAUAAGACCUUCAGCCGGGACCAGGCCGUGCAGACCGACGGCGGCCUCCCGCUGCCCGGCGUUGCUCUGUCCGCGGGCCCCGCGCCCGGCCUGGCCCCGUCUCAUUACAGCCGCCUGCCCGGCACCAUAUGGAGCUACACCCAAGUGAGGCGUACCGGUGGCGGCGGGUUGGAAACGGUGCAAGGGCCGGGAGUGUCUUGGAUCCACCCGGAUGGCGUCGGGGUGCAGAUCGAUACCAUCACCCCCGAGAUCCGGGCGCUCUACAACGUGUUGGCCAAAGUCAAGAGGGAGAGGGACGAGUACAAGAGAAAAUGGGAAGAGGAACUGACAAGAAGAAUGAGCCUGGAGUCUAUGGUAGAAACCUUGCGAGAGGAGGCUCAGGAAGCGGAAGCUCUCCAGGAGGAGUUAAAUGAAAAGAUUGAGAGAUUGAAAGCAGAACUUGUGGUGUUUAAGGGUCUGAUGAGUGAUCCCAUGACAGACCUGGACACAAAGAUUCAAGAAAAGGCCAUGAAGGUGGACAUGGACAUCUGUCGGCGAAUCGAUAUCACAGCCAAGCUGUGUGAUGUAGCGCAGCAGCGCAACUCUGAAGACGUUUCCAAGAUAUUCCAGGUGGCUUCCAAGAAGAAAGAACGAAAACUUGCCUCUGAUGAUGACCUCUCAGAACAGGAUGCAGACAACAGCAGGUUCUCUGAUGACGAGGUCAGCUGUUCUUUGAACAUCACAGAUGAAAUGAAGCGUAUGUUCAAUCAGCUUCGUGAGACAUUUGAUUUUGAUGACGACUGUGAUAGCUUAACGUGGGAGGAGAACGAGGAGACCUUGCUUCUUUGGGAGGACUUCACAAACUGCAAUCCUUCAAUUGACCUCCAAGGAGAGGAAGAAAACCUGGGAAACUUGAUCCACGAAACAGAGUCUUUCUUCAAAACAAGAGACAAGGAAUACCAAGAAACAAUAGGGCAGAUAGAGCUGGAAUUGGCCACAGCCAAGAGUGACAUGAACCGCCACCUUCACGAGUACAUGGAGAUGUGCAGCAUGAAAAGGGGCCUGGAUGUACAAAUGGAAACCUGUCGUAGGCUUAUCAAAGGUUCAGCUGACAGAAAUUCUCCAUCUCCCAGCUCUGUAGCCAGCAGUGACUCAGGAAACACAGAUGAAAUUCAGGACGAGUUGGACAGAGACGCGGAUGUGGAGCCCAUGGUCAGCUGAUACGUGGUCGGAGCAUUCCAGUGAAAGGGAAGACACAGGCAAAGAUUGGAAAACAACACACUGAUGGGGGGUGAAAAGAAUAAAAAUAAGACUUGUAAGCCCCUGCAUCGGGCUUCUAAGGACUCAUUCCUACACGCAUCCCCACCCCACCCAAGGAUUGGUGCUGUAAAUUUCUAUUGUUAUACAAUUCACAAAUGCAGAGUCCUGUAAGAAAACAUGGUGUUUUAAUUGUGCCUUUGCCCCAAGCUGAGCCACUUUGAGCUCCAGUGGAAUAUUACUAGCAGGUGUUUUUAUAUUAAAAAAAAAAAAAAAAAAAGCAAAUUAUAUAUGUAUCUAUUGAAAAAUCUGGUCGCAGCAGAGGAUGGUGCUGCAAAGGCUCUGGAUGUUUCAAUAAGCUUCUGGUUUUAUUGAACUGCUGCACUGAUUGGCAAAAGGAACGCUGGCAAACUGAGUAAGGAACCCGAGACAAUUGUGGUGUAAUUACCAAUGCCUGGCACAAAAAAAAAUAGAAUGCCUGCAAAUUGAUCUGUAAACAUUUAAAAAUAAUACAGGGUUUCGAGACUGAGAGGAGUUUCUUCAUUCCCUCUUUGUGGGUGAAGGAGCCUUUGAGAUUCAGACAAGCUCUCUGCCAAGCUCCAGACUCAGAAGCAGCAGGUCUCAGCUCGGUGGCAAAGCAGUGGGUGAGGGAGGGUUUGUUGGGGUGGGACUGUCACUGAUAAACUACUAUGCAACAAAAAAUAAGCGCGCCUUAUUUAUACGGAAUGUUUGGUCCCUGCUGGGCUACAGUUAUCUCUUGGGGGAAGGAAAGCUCAAAACACUUUGCACACGUUAGUUAUCUGUAGAGCUUCUUUUGAGGAGGAAAGUCUUGUUUCAAUGCCUUUGUUUCCAGUGGUUGGAUUAAGGGAGGAGUGAGACCUUCAGUUCCGGAGUUGUUUUGUGUUUUAUUUUUCUUCAGGAUAUUUUUUUAAACCAUACAAUUUGCAGAUUUUACUUUGCUGACAGGGAGAUAACUCCUCUUUAUGCUGCUUUCGUGAUGCGGGAUAGUUGAAGCAUCAGGAUGAACUGACAUGUUGUGCUAUGGACUUGGGCUUGAGAUGACACUGGGAGAGCUCCAGACCACUGUUCUUCAGCAAAGCUGAACAACGGACAGCACUGUAAUCCUUCUUAGGGCACAGUAAAGUCAAUCCCAAACUGCUGCUGCCCUAAAGUUAGGCAGGAACAGCUGUGUGCUUUCUCUGUGAGAAGGCUUUGGCAAUCUGUGUGUUUUUAAGCGGUGUCAGAAGUCUGAACCUCUGGCAUCAUCGAGCUGUUUGUGGUUAUUAGUGGGAGUCGUAGCACCUCAGCCAGGUAAAAACAGGGUAUAAACCUAAGCCAAUAAUGUUUUUUUGUUUGUAUUUUAGAGCAAGAUUGCAAGUGUAGUUAAUACUGCCUAAAGGUAGCUCUGUAGUUAACUAGCAGUUGCAAGACUCGAGGAGUAAAUACCAAAUGUAUUUUGUACCUGCCUGAAAACUUAGCAGCUGUUUCAUCUGAGCAGUGCUAGGACUGGGCAGGGAAAUUCCAGAUUUAAGCACCCUCUCAGUGUUAUAUAAAGGUAGGGUGGACAUCUUUUAGCUUCCUGAGUAUUGUUUCCAAGCCUCUCUUCUGUAUUGAUCUGAAAUCAGCAGGGCUGCAUCGUAAGCAUACAGCCAGUAGAGAUCAAUAUUGCUUUCUUGCAAAAAGAGCACGAGUGUUUCAGCAGAUGGGCUGAAAAUACCUCUCCAUCUCGUGCAGCUGUGCAGAGGGGGGCAGGACCUCAGAGGGAUUCUCCUGGUUGUUCAGGGAGAGGAGAACUACUGGGGGUGAUCCAUCUGGAUUCACAGUGUGAGCAUCCAUGGCCUCCGUCCAAGAGAAGAGAUCCAAGGUUGUGGUUCCCUCACUGGUUAAAAUACUCAGCGCUGUUAUUCGUAGACUUAGCAGCUUCUUGGUUCUUGUGGUGUGUGUUAGGGGCUUCUUCAUCACGUAGGUGAGGAAGAAACCUUAUUCCAAAGUGCUCAUUCCUAUUAUUUCUUUGGUGGCCAAAGUGGUAAGUGUCAUGUUCACUAGGGCUGCGAGCGUGGGGCGGGUGGGAGGGGGCAAGAAAUACCAGAUGGGAUAUUUUUGUGACUGCAUGCUUUCAAUAAAGUACUGUUAGGGUUUUUGAGCCUGUGUGAACUUCAGCUGCUAAAUAUGUCGUUUCUCACGAGGCUGAGAAACCGUCUGCCAAAGCUGAAUGUCUGUAAUGCUUUAGUGACUUUGGUGGAGGCAUUAAGCAAUCUCCUUGCACAGUGAGUCAGCCUCGUCGGAGGCUGUCGUGUGGCUGUCCUCAAGUUAUGAGAUGUUCUUUGGUACUGGAGAAACUGAGCAAUUUAAAUGACCGUCCGGCUUAGCUGCUGUUUGUGUUUUGGUUUUUUUAAUUAUCAUUUUUUAAAACUCAGUGACGUAGUGAGAAAAAGGCUGAGUUGGUCUUGAAACUAGUAGCUGGCAUGGUGAGGUGGGAAAGAAUAUCCUCAGUUUGACAGUGGGAGCCAAGUGAGGAAGCAGAAAUUGAGCUGUAACCCACAGCUUAUCUCGUAGCCAUAAUUAUGAGGAGCAUCUGUCAUAGGGUUGUAUUUUUUGGUAAGUGUAAGGGAUGUGGGUCUGUAGUAGACAGUAUAGAAAUAACGUGAACGAUGGUGAUGUGCGUGAUGGUAAGUUACCAUGCUUGUUGGUGUCUUUCUUAUAACCACGUGUAAUCCAUUUUUUAGGAAGAAAAAAAAAAAAAAGGGUGUUUUCAUACUUGGGAUUGGGGUUUUAUUUUCAUGUAGGUCUCAGUGGGUCAACCUUUUGGAUGUGACCGAGGUUGGUCCUUGAUAGUUUCCCUAGGAGGUCUUUGGUUGGCUUAGCGUCAAGCGAUGCGACGGUGGCCCUGUUCUGUUUGUGUUGAACCAUUCUGUAGCAACCAGAUCAAAAGCUUGCCAGAAAAAAAAAAAAUAAUGGUGAAAAUGCUGGAAAAUGAUUUUGAUGACCUCUUUCUUUUUUUUUCCCUUUCCUUUGUAAAGCUUGUAAAUACUUUAUUUUUGUUUACUACUCAUAAUGCGGUGUCAUAUUGACACUUUUUUAGACUGAUAAUCAGAAAAUCCUCCUCAUUGUUUCUCAUUUUUUAAAAGGGGGUUUCAAGGAAGCAAAUUUUUUUGCUUGUUGGCGGUGUAAUAAUAUAUCCAAUUCCUAAAAUGGGUUUGUACAAAAAAAAAUUACUGUUUUCAGUAAACAAUGGCGGUUGCUUUUGUGGAUGCAUGUCGUUCAGAAAUGUCCAAAGACUAAUGUGAUACAAACACUUUUUCAAAGAUGUAGUGAUUACUGUAUUAGUUCAGACAACGUAAAGACAAAUGUAUUAAAAUAAAAAGUAUGGGGGGGGGGUGGGGGGUGUAAUGAAAUUCAACUAAGCUAAAUAUGUAAUUAUUUAUAUGAAAAAAAACCCCACACAGUAUAUAUUCUAUUUUUAUUAGAGGUUUUUAAAGUGCAAACAGAGUUCUGUUGGCAAAUGCAACUGUUCCCCUGUGAAGUGUCUUCUGCUUUGAUGGGACUCCGAAAUCUCUGACUGUUUUCAAGUGAUGAUGUGGAACAAUGGGAUGGGUACGGCUGUGAUGCGCUCCCCAUCGCUUCCUCAGAGAUAGGGAAGACAAGCAGGCUGACAGCCUCAACCUGCAGAAUUAUUGCUGCUCUCAGCCCAUUAGUACUGCCCCAACCUUGGCUUUGUGUCAUACCUGCUUGGAAGAUGUGUUGUGUUGGUCUACGCCAGUGUAAAUGGGAAUUAAUGAAACAGAGUAGAUCUAAACAGUGCCUGGCUGCAGAUCUAAAGCUCUUUCUACCCAAGACGAGGUGUUUUUCCAUCACCAUUGCUGCCAGCAAAAACACAAGCUGAGGUCAUGGUCCAAGAACGGCGACGGCUGGGCAUGCACAGCCUUACGUGGAGCAGCUCUUUGCUCGUGUUUCCUUUGGCUCUGAGAAAAGCUGGGAGAAUGUUUGUGCUGGAACUGCAGUACGGGGAAGUCUCCAGCUGUGUUGCACGUUUGUGAGUGCUUUAGUUUAGAGGUGAUAUUUAGAGCAAUUAUAAUGCUGUGGUCAAUGCUAAAUCACAGUUGGGCUCUGGUUGACCGAAGGGGUUGACCAGGCUUUUCCAUGCCGUGCUUCCGUGGUGUAAUGACACCCCAAUGAGGAUUUUCCACAUUUUGCUUCAGGAUUUUUAGGUUUUGAUUCUUUUGCACUGCUCCAGGACUUGGGUUGCGGGGGGAGCACGCAGGUUUUAGCGAUGCGUCACCCAAAGUGCUCGAUUUUAAGCUUUUAUUACAAGGCAACUUUAUCAGUUUGAGUUUUAAACAAGAGAUUGCUGCACUGUAUCCUGGUGUUAAUGAUGCUGGUGGUAGGGGUGAACUAGACAUGCUGCCUGCCAAAUUCUUAAUUCAGCCCCUCCCCACCCAUUAGUGGAGAGGGGGAUGCUGGAGGCUUGACACUAAGUCUUUGGCAGAGUAGUGAGGAAACACUUGAUUAUUUCUUGUUGUCUGUUUUUGUGUAUAGUUCUGUGUCUUAAGACCCUUCCGCGUUCGUGGGAGCCAUUCCGAGCUUCUCUUUUGCAGAAGCAACAAAUUGUGUUGGCAGAAAUGGGUACUUGAUGCUUCUGGAAAUGAUGAUUCCCUCCUAUCUAAUUCCAUAGGACCACAGAAUGGUUGGGUUGGAAGGGACCUCCAAGAUCACCCAGUUCUGGGUUGGGUUCUCUGGAGAGGAGGUAAUGCUUCAAAAACCCACCACGCUGGGGUUCUUUGAGGGCUAUGUAGCUGACAGCACCAUUUCCAUGGUAGAGCUCCCCAUCCCAUUGGGCCACAAACCCAACACUGUGGGGUUCGCUGCCUGAAAUGACGCUCCUCCCAUAGCUCUCGUUGGAAACCCCAAAGAUCUAUUUGUUAUUAAGAAAGAGCUGAAGAUGAUUGAAAAGCUCAAUCACCAAACGCUCCUCCUUGCACCAAAAGAAAUGCAAUUUAGCCCUUGCUCAAGUGUACGUAGCUUCAGUUCUGCCAAAAAAACCCCACAAUUAUUUAUUAUUUAAGGUGUCGGAGUGGAGGGUGUCAAUGAAUGAAUCUCUUCCCAUGCGGUGUCACUUCUCGUCAGUCCCUCUUUAGGCCACUGUAAGAGGUUUUUUUUUAUAUACACAUCAAAACAGACUACUGGUCGGUGUGGAACCUGUUGACCGUACGGUUGUAAAUAUUGUGCUUUGUAUUCUGUAUAUUGGCUUCUUUUAAAGAAAAAAAAUAAAAUAAAAUAAAAGAACUGGUGACGCCAGCCGGGCUCCAAGGUGAGGAUGGAGCAGCACCGGGUCCUGAGCCGAGCUGGGGGUGGAUUUGGGCUCUGUCCAUGGUGUCUGACACACGCACCCAUUGAUGGCGGAUUUGGGACUAUCGAAGGCACCCGUUGACCUCAAUCCAUUUUAGAAGGAGCGGCAAGAGCCAGAAGGACUCCAACUCCUCUGAUUUCCCGUGGAUUAUUGCAGUUUUUCCUCAUUAGUGCCAAAACCCACCGCUCAGCUCUGCUCGUCGCUCCCUCCGUUGUCCGUCUGUCCGUCCGUCCAUCCGUCCCGGCUCUGCUCUGCAGGAAGGGGCUGUGCUGGGCAAUGGGAGCAGGUCCGGCUCUUGUUCUGAGGGGAAACAAAAACACUUUAAAUAAAUACCAACCUCCUGGUU